AAGACCCACUUUCGGAGUCCACACCCCAUGUGAUUGUGGAGUCCACACGGCUUCCAUUAGACCUCUCACUCCUCGUAUCUUGAGUUCAGUUUUUCAGCUCUACUAGAUAAAAGUAACCAAUUUCUCUUGGCUAAUUGCGCUCAUAUUCAUCGGUAAUUCUCUUGUUCUAAUAAUCCUAAUUCCUUUCUUCCAUGGCAUUUUUGAUUGACCCCCUUGUCUCUCAACUCUUCGAGGGGUUGCUUCAUGUAUUGCGAUCUGAUGAGGUGCGGGGAUUUGCCAGGCAACUUGUUGGAGGGGUAGAUUCAGAGCUAGAAGCUCUCGAAAAAAAGUUGAGAAUGAUUAAAAAUCUGCUCGACCGUGCAGAAGACAUACAACUGACGGAUGGGCCCUUAAAAGAGUGGCUUGACGAUCUUCAACACUGGGCUUAUGAUGCAGAAGACGUGCUGGAUGAGUUUUCCUAUGAAGCUUUGCGACGGAGACUCAAGGUAGAACAGCAGGCAAGCUCUAGCAACGGAUCGAGGUUCCUCUGUGCUAAUUUUCCUGGCCCCUUGUUCAAUGUUAAAAUUGGCUCCAAGAUUAAAGAGAUCAAUAAUCGGUUGGAACAACUCCACCAGCAAAGAUUAUUGAUGAAAGACCUUCCUGUAGGAACACCAAGUAAUGUCACACCGCAAAGACCAGAGGAAACUUCAAGCGUGCCACCUGAAAAAUUUGUCCAUGGCAGAGAUGAAGAUAAAGCCAAACUAGUUGAGAUGGUGAAAAGCGAUCCACCUUGUGGUAACAACUUUCGAGUGAUAGCCAUAGUCGGCAUGGGAGGGAUCGGCAAGACUACAAUUGCUCGAGAGGUGUACAAUCACAAGGAACCGGAAGGCUUCGAAUUAAAGAAAAACGCUUGGAUCUGUGUUUCUACCAAUUUCGAUAUUUUAACGAUCUCAAAGAGUCUCCUUCAGUCAUUAAAAGACUCCACGUCCUCCAUUCCUAGUGAUUUAAAUGGAGUGCAAGUUGAACUGCAAAAGGCAGUAAGUGGGAAAAAAUUCUUGAUAGUAUUAGAUGAUGUUUGGAAGGUGAAAUACAACGACUGGGAAAAGCUAACGUCUCCUUUCAAAACUGGUGCACGCGGAAGCACGAUGAUCGUCACAACACGCGAUGAAAAUGUUGCAAAAACAAUAAGAUGCUCGGAUACUUAUCAUUUACCAUGUUUAUCCAAUGAAGCUUGUAAAUCCUUGUUUCAGGAGCAUGCACUUCCAACUGGUACAGCUGCUUAUACAGACCAAAUUACAGAGACAAUUUAUGAGAAGGUCCUUAAAAGGUGUAGUGGCCUGCCUUUGGCAGCAAAGACCCUUGGUGGUCUUCUACACUCUAAGUCGAUUGAUACUUGGGAAGAAAUACUGGACAGCAAAAUAUGGAAUUCUUCUAAAGAAAAUGAUGCUCUCCCAGUAUUAAAGUUAAGUUAUCUUUAUCUCCCUCCUCAUUUAAAAAGAUGUUUUGCUUACUGCACAAUUUUUCCAGAAGACUAUGAGUUCAAGGAGGAGGAACUUGUACUUUUGUGGAUGGCAGAAGGUAUCGUUCGACCAACUGAUGGGCAACUGGAUGAGACAAGUCAGUAUUUUCGUGAUUUAUAUUCAAGGUCACUUUUUCAAAAGUCAAGUAAUUAUGAUUCUACAUAUGUAAUGCAUGACCUUCUUCAUAAUCUAGCUGAAUCUGUUUCUAAAGAAUUCAAUUUAAGCUCCGAGCAAGUCAUUAUCAAGCUAUCGGAAUGUAGUGAAAGGAUUCGUCAUUUUUCUUAUAUUCCUUAUAGAAUAGAGGGAGAAGACAGAUUCAGAGGCUUGGAAAAACUUAGGAGUCUAAGAACAUUCUUGCCGCUGUUCAUGAGCUCUUCCUAUUACGGUGAACAAUUUAUAAGUGCUAAGGUUAUUUUUGACUUGUUGCCACAAUUAAAGAAGUUGAGAGUAUUGUCCUUUGAACGGUACUGCAUCACUCAUUUACCUGAUUCAAUUGGAGAUUUGAUGCAUCUAAGGUAUCUAAACUUUUCUUACACCAGGAUUAACUGUUUGCCUGAAUCAACAUGCUCUUUACUGAAUUUGCAAACUUUGUUAUUAAAAGAAUGUUCUUGUCUCAUGAAGUUACCUUCUAACUUGAGAGAUUUGACCAAUCUAUAUCAUCUUGAUAUAAGUGGUCAGAAUUCAUUGAAAGAAAUGCCAUCCGGAAUGAAGGAAUUGAAAAAUCUCCGAAUGUUAUCUGAUUUUAUAGUGGGCAAAGAAUCGAGUUCUAAUUUAGAAGAUUUGAAGAGCUUAAAUUUUCUUAAAGGUGAGCUUUGCAUUUCAAACUUAGAGAAUGCAAAGCAAACAUGUGGGUUUAUAUUAAACAACAAAAGAGAUUUAAAAGUGUUGUCAUUAGAGUGGGGGUCUCAAUUUGAUAUCCCACAAAAUGAGGGAGAAGAAAAAGAUGUUCUUGAGAUGUUGAAACCUUAUAGCCAUCUAGAAGAACUAACAAUUAGAUCCUAUGGUGGUUUAGAAUUUUCAUCUUGGUUAAGCACUUCAUCAUCACUCUCUAAAUUGAUGGUCCUCAACUUAGAAGAUUGUGAAAAUUGCACAAGCUUGCCUUCUCAAAGCCUAUUGAGCUCCCUUAAAGUGUUAAAAAUCAUAAACAUGCCAAAACUUGAAAGAAUAGACAUGCAAAGUCCUUUCAAUUCAUUGGAGAUUCUUUGUUUUCAGGAUUUGCAAAAAUGUCAAUAUUGGGACACAAAAGGGGAAAAUGAGAAGGUUGAGAGAUUUCCUAAACUUCGUGAGCUUUCAAUUAUUGAAUGUCCUGAACUUACUGUGGAAUUGCAUGAUCAUCUUCCUUUACUGGAAGAACUUGUGAUUAAUGUGUGUGCAAAGUUGAUGGUUUCAUUCUCAAGUUUUCCAAAGUGCACCGUGUUCAAAAUUGAUGAGUGUAAGAAAGUGGUGCCUACUAGUAGUUCUAUUGAUGAGAUAAUGUCCUUUAAGUCUGAAUCUCUUCCAAAUAUUGCAGAUUCAAAGUAUGAAAAUUGGUUGAGUCAAAAUUUCAAUUGUGUUGAGAAGACAAUAAAAUGGAGUCAUAGCCUCACCUCUGUUAAAAGCUUAAGUAUAACAAAUUGUAGUAUUUCAUUUCUAAACACCAUCUUUCUUCCUAAAUUGAGUGAUCUUAAGAUUUCCGAUUGUGAGGCUCUAAAAUCUUUACUGAAAAGAUUGAAGCAAAACAACAUAGAAAGGUUGGCAAUUAGCUACUGUCAUUCUUUAUUAUUCAUUGCUAGAAACACUCUGCCUCGGUCACUAAAACAGCUGGAGAUAUCAGAGUGUAAGAAAUUACAUCAUUUGGAAGGUAUCAGUUCUACUCUUCUUGAAUCCUUACAGAUUUAUAGUUGCGAAUCUCUCACGCAUCUAUCAUCACAAAGAUUGUUGUCUAACACACUCAAAACCCUAGUCAUUCAAAGUUGUAUAAAUCUGACAACAUUAUCACCAAGAAGCAGGGGCGUAUAUAAAAAACUUGAAGUCCUCGCUAUUUGGAAUUGUCCAAGGCUGAGGUCAAUAGAAGAGGCAUUUCACAGUACAUCGUGUCUUAAAAGGAUGUUUUUAAAUGGUCUUCAAAAUCUUGAUUUGUUCGGCAUACAGAAUCUUACUAGUCUUCAAAAUUUGUACAUAAGAAAUAGUUCGAUGUCGUUGCCAAUUGAAGGUAUUUCAACUAGCCUAACCUCUCUCGAGAUAAUUGGAAAUGUUGAAAUGAGUAAGACACUAAUUAGAUGGGGAUUGCACAAACUCACCUCUCUUAAAACACUUCAGAUAAGUGGAUUUGAAGAUCCGGAGUUGAUUAUAUCAGAGGACCAACAAAUGCCCCGUUCUCUUGAAGAUUUGACCAUCUCUACUUUGACACCAUUCAGAUCUAUUUUAGACUUGGGCACACUCUCCUCUCUUAAGAGUUUGCGCAUUUGGAAUUCAAAUCUCAACUCAAUUCCAAACCUAGGAAGCCUUGUAUCACUUAAAAGCUUCAGUAUUAAGGAGUGCCCAGAGAUCAAAUCAAUUCCAGAUUUUGGAAGCCACUACACCCUUGAAGACUUGCGUGUUUUUCGAUGCCCAGAGCUCGUUUCAGUUGCAUGCCUGAGAAAUCUUACUUCUCUUCAAACCUUGUGGAUUUCCGAUUGCCCAGAGCUCAAAUCAGUUUCAUGCCUGAGAAAUCUUACUUCUCUUCAAACCUUGUGGAUUUUAGAUUGCCCAAAGCUCAAAUCCCUCAGAAGCCCGCCACCCUUACUUCUGGAAUUAAGAAUUUGCGGAUGUCCAUUGAUAAUAAAACAUUGGAGGAGAGGUAAAGGGAAGUAUUGCUCAAAGAUUGCUCACAUCCCUAGAGUUAGAAUCGACGGAGAAGUUCUCUUCAAUUCAAAGGAGUAAGAAUUGAGUUGAAUUAAUUGCAAUCAAAGCAUGAAGUCAGAUAAUCAUCUCUGUUUCAUUCAAUUCAAGAUGAUCAUCAUCACAUCAAGGAGACAACCACAGUGGGCAGCAGGAAGCAAGUGAAGCGUUGAUUGAAUUCAAAGUUGGAGGAAUAGUCUAUUAGGAUACUAAAUGUUCGCUCAUGUUUUUACCUUAAAAGGAUUUUUCAGCUUUUCUUGGUGCACAAAAAGGUAAUUGAAGAAAGUUCUCAAUUCAAAUUCCAAUAUUUGCAAUUAUUGAAACAUAUAUCUGCUAAAUUUUCCUUCCAACUUCAUGUAAGCAAAUUUGGUAAAUAUCCCUCAUUUGCUUAGCUAUAUAUAUAUAUAUAUAUAUAGAGAGAGAGAGAGAGAGAGAGAGUUUUUGAUUUGAAAUUUUGCAUCAAUCUUUAUUUUCUCUUACGUAAAUAAUAUAAUACACGUCCAUAGCACCUUGGUUUUAAAAAAUCCCUUUUUUAAAUUCCUUUAAAGUAAAAAAGUAAUUGAGAUGGAGAAACAAUUGGAGGCAGAAGUUCGCUCAUGGACAUAAAAAGGAUGAUCGAUCCACUUCGUCGUUGGGGUGAAUUGAAAGUGAUUAUGGUUCAAAAAUUCCAAAAUUUCAGAGAGGGCUUCCUGGAUAUGUAAUAAAUCUUAUUGUCACUCCAUUGCACCAGAAGCGUAUUGUGGUGAUAGCAGGAAUUUAAAGGCCGAAAAAUUGUGGCAACAGAGCAGCAAAUGUCCGCUAUAUAUUGUUGAAAUCAUAUACAAGCAAUUAUUUGAGUUCUUCAUGAUUUAAAUGUACAACUGGUCUCUUACUGAAAUUUGAGUUUGUUAGAUUGUUCAUAUCGUGAGAUACAACCCUAUGGUUGGUACUUGAAGGAAGUUCAAGACCAACAAAUGAAAGAAUUUCAACUUAAAGUUCAAGCGGAGUUUGAACAACCUGAACAAGAUACUCUAUGUAUUUCAGAUAUGGGUAUUAACAACUGAAAGUAAGUGACUUUAAAAAGUAAUUCAGUAAAAGGUAAGUCUUUGCAUUAUGUGUUUGAUUUCAACUUUGUAAUUGACAAUUGAAUUUUAGCUUAGUGAUUUGAUUUGAGCCGGACAUGGUCCCAUGGAUGUAGGCUAAGAUAUAUCUUAGCUGAACCAUGUAAAAAUCCUUGUGUCUUCUUUACUUUCUGCACUUAAUUUGUGUUUUGAUGA